UUCCAAGUUCCCUCUUUAGAAGUUGUCAAUGAAAAAUUUCCGUAAUUUGAAAUUUGACGUGAUAACAUAACUUAUCUAAUAUGAAGUCAUGAAUAACCUAUGUGAAAUUGUUUUUAAAAAUGACAUUGUAACGUGUCUUCAAAGAGUAGGGGACUUAUUUUAAAAAAACAGGUCCGGUGUUUUGAUAGUUGAUACUGUGGUAUUAGUGGUGUUUGGAGGUGUAAUGAGAUGACUAAUUUCACGGUAAUGAAGAUUCUCAAAAUUAUUGAAGUAAUAAAAGUAACCCCCAAUAAACAAUAAAUGAAAACUUAUAGAGAAUCCAAAUAGAUACCAAGAAGUAAUCAUGGUCAGAAUUCAAGAGGAGGUUAGUGAGCAAAAGUUAUUUUUUAGGAAAAUUCUGUCGGCGCUCUUCUAUGGGGUUGCUUCCUUUAUGAUAACGGUCGUCAAUAAAACCAUCCUGACCACAUACGGAUUUCCUUCUUUUCAAGUACUGGGCCUCGGACAAAUGUUUGCAACCAUUGUGCUUCUGUUCAUUGCCAAGAAGAUAAAAUUAGUGAAUUUUCCAAGUUUGGAUCUAAACACAUUUGGAAAAAUAUUUCCAUUGCCUUUGAUUUACAUAGGAAAUAUGUUUUUUGGGCUAGGAGGAACGAAGGAACUGAGUCUUCCUAUGUUCACAGCUCUCAGGAGAUUUUCUAUUUUAAUGACUAUGGUUUUGGAGUUGUAUGUUCUUGGAGUUAAACCCAGUUUAAGUGUGCAAUUCAGUGUGUAUACUAUGAUUGUGGGGGCUGUCGUAGCAGCAGUGAACGACUUGUCAUUCAAAGUGAGAGGUUACAUUUUUAUUUUUUUGAAUAACUUCUUUACCGCUACCAAUGGCGUAUAUAUGAAAAAGAAGUUAGAUUCAAAGGAACUGGGAAAGUAUGGACUGAUGUAUUACAAUUCCUUAUUUAUGAUUGUGCCAGCAACUUUCUUCGCAUUUUAUUCUGGAGAUCUAGAGGCUGCUUAUCAGUACCAGUAUUGGGAUAAUUAUUUAUUUUUGGGUCAGUUUUUGUUAUCUUGUGUGAUGGGCUUCAUUCUUAAUUAUAGUGUGAUACUAUGUACCUUGCACAACUCUGCACUGACAACCACAAUAGUGGGAACUUUGAAAAAUAUUUGUGUAACCUAUCUUGGCAUGGUAAUUGCUGGAGAUUACAUUUUUUCAUGGCCCAAUUUUGUUGGAAUCAAUAUAAGUGUAAUAGGAAGUCUUGUAUACACAUAUGUCACUUUUCGUAGAAAAGAUACUGCCUCAUAUGCUCCAUUGCCCACCAAGGAAGUUUCAACGUCUGCGAAUAUUGUAUAGCAUUUAGAGAUUCUGAUGAGGAAAAAACUACAAAUGUAGUAUAGUGUGAAUGUAGCUCAAAUCUGUUAAAUAUGAUAAAUAUUUAUAUCAACAUAUUUUAUCUGUUUGAAAAUAGCAUCUUCAAUGUUUUGAAAAUGGCAUCUUCGAUGUCCUAACAGAAAGAUGACAGUUCAAUUUCACUUUUCUUGUAAAUUGAAGUCGUUGCCAUAAAGUCACUGACAGUUAUAAAACCUUAUCAUUUUAUAUUUUUCUGGGUUAGUAAUGAAUGGUGAAGCUCUUCAGGGCUCUACUUUUUUUAAAUUUACAAGUAAUUUUGACCCUUUCAUUUUUUAAACUUCAUUGUUCUAGUGAUAUUUUUUUGGGUAUUUUCAUCUUUUAGGUAGUAAAAAAGAAUGAAAAUUAAACACUAUAUUACAUAAGUUACUGUAUAAAUACCAAUAUUUUCUCCAAUAAAUAUAUACUAUAUAUUUUUUAAAUUUUGCCUGUCAAAAAAUCUCAUGAAUACUCGAGUAUCUUAGUGUUGAUAAUCUCUAUUUGUCAUCAGAAUCUAUCAAAUGAAAUCAACUUAGGUCCCAACAGUUUAUUUGUUUAUAAAAAUAUUCACAAUUUCAUUUGACUGGCAUCAUUAUGAAUAUUUAUUUUUGAGAAAGAAAGGCAUUGGCUUUCUUACCCAAAAAUUCAAUCUCUCCUAAAAAUAUACCCCUUUCAAUUUAAAUAUUUAUCAUCCAAAUUUGUUAAUUGCCUUUUAUAAAAGUCAUGAUCUAAUCUUGAAGUUCAUCAUCUUCCUUUCUUCAUAAGUUUUUUUUUGUAGAAAGUAGUGUAGAAGUAGAUAUCCAAAAAGAUUUCUUCCCAAAAACUAAUCUCUUCUAAAAAAUAUACCAACUUCAAUUUAUAGUAUAUGGUGUUAUCAUAUGAGUUUUCAUAACGUCAGUUCGUUGCCAUUCUAGGUAUUACUAGAAUUUCAUACAUUUCUUCUAGAUGAAUAGCCUGGUUUUAUUCCUAUACCAAUUUGAAAAAAUAUUAGGAAAAUAAUGUGUAUAAGGUUAGUUGUGAAAGGUAUUGGUGGUUGUUGGGUUGAUGUCUGUGUUUAUAAAGCUGUUUGGACGUUACAAGAAUGUUUUAUUUCUGUUGCAUUCAUUACAGUAUAUACUAAUGGACCUGGGUACGAAUUCUCUGCCAGAGCAGAUUUUAAUUCCCAACUUAAUUUUCAAGAUCUUCACUUAAUUCUCGGGAUUUCAACGUUUUUCCAUGUCUUUUCACCUAUUUUCGAGAUCCAGUACAAAAUCUUGAAAAAAUAACGAGUUAAUAUAAAAUGAAAAAUUAAAUGUUGCUAUCGAACAAAAGUUAUUUUCUGAAAAAAAUUAAAAUGUGCAAUUGAGAACUUCAUACAGGUGCUGCAAACAUCUACUUCUUUCCAAUGAGUGUGUGAAUUCAAUAUAUGGACAUAUUUAUUGUGACGCCCGAAGAUACUAUUGUAUGGCGAAACACAUGUCACGGUUUUGUAAACUUUCAAGUGGAAAUCCCACAUUGAAGUGUGCUUUUUGAAUACAUUAAUUCAAUAUAUGUUUUUCAUAGAUAAUUGUUCUGGUAACUUGUCACAUUAAAUUUUCUAUUAGAAAUUUAGUGUUUUUUAUAUUGUGGAAGGUGAGAAGUCCCAAAAGAAGUUGAUAAAACGUGUACUUCUUCUGUAGUUUUCUCUCUGCUCUAUAAACUUUUUUUUUCAAUAAACAAACACAAACAAGGAUGAUCCUUGUUUAUUUAAGUGUUUCGGAAAAUAACUGAGAUCAGCACGGUUUUGAUUCAUGACAUUAUUAUAUUACGAAUAUGUUAGUUCAUUUUUAUUUUGUAUAUUCUACAAUGAACACCCUGAAAACACCAACCCCACUACUCUCAAUUUAACCUUCACAACUACUUUUCUACUGUACAUUAUAUCUGAAAACUUUGGAGGAAAGAAAAAAUGCAUUUAUAAUUUAUAACAUACCUACCAUGUUCUUGCUUAACAUUACUGACAUCAAAACUAUUGAAAACCAUGAGCAUGUAAAAAACUCCUUGCCAAAGAGUUGUUGGUAAUUUAUGCCUUGAUAUAGGUACAUCUAGUAGAGCACAAAAAUUUCUCCACAGCUUUGACAAAACAAAUAUUCCCAAUGACAUUCAAAUGUAUUGAAAAAAACUGUAAAUAUUGAACCCACCUAUUGAAAUAAGUAUUUGUGAAAUAUUCAUAAAUAUAAAUUUACUUUCUCUACUUGAAAAUGUAUAUUUAUUAAAUAAAUUCACUUUUAGAAAGUUUGCAAACUUGAAUUCUUCCGGAAAAUGACUUUUAAGAAAAUCACAUUUCCAGUUUGAAUCUUUGUUUUUUUUUAGUAGCAAAUAUCAAUUUUUAUUUUUGAGGUUCGAAUUGAACAUAACCUCAAUUCACAAUGAAAACAAAUGAUUGAAGUAAAUUGUUGAAGUGUGUACCAUGUGUUUUUCCCAAAGAUACUGAACUUUCAGUGUUGCCCUGCAUAAGAGAGUAAAUUUAAAAUUUUUAAAACUGUGAGUAAUCUUUCAUGAUUUAUAGAGAUAAGAAUUCCUAACAGAAGUAUUUUCUGCUUUCACAAGGAAAUUUUUUUUGCAGUUUAUUGUACCUACUUUAUAAUUUAAUUCAGCUUUUCCCUUCCAAGUUAACAUGAAACUACACCAUGGUCGAAUAGUAUAAAAGAUCUGAUAAAUUUCGGUAUUGUGAAGGUGUUUUUUAUCAAAUGUCGACGUUUCGACAUCAUCUCAGACGUCAUUUGCAAGACUAGUUACUGCUUCUGCAUUGUGAGGUGCAAAUCACAUGCAAAAUAACACAACAGAGGAACACCCGGAAAAACAACAGCCUGUGGGACAUCAUCAGUUUGUCUUCAACAAGGACUGUCUGCUCGGCGCUGGUGAUGCCCAACAGGCUGAAACAGCUGUCUAUCGGUGGCAAUUGAAUUGAAAUCAAAUUAUGGAUGAUUGGUUUAUGAACAAAUAUAUGAAAACAACAAUAUUUAAAGUUGACAUGGUUGCUAGACCAAAAUAUUGCUUUGCAGAAUAUAUUAGGCUCAGAUAGAAAUCAUUGAAACCUUUUUAAUUAUUUCAUUCACUUAUCACUUGAUGUUUUUUAUUCCAGACAUUCAAAAUGUAUAAUUAAUUAUCGAGAUUCAAGAUCAUCUCAUAUUUAUCUCAAAUAAGUUCCUAAUAUUACAUAUUUAUCAAGAUCUCAGAAAUUGUAAUUUUUUCAUUCAUGGUAAAUUGUAAUGUAUAUAUAAAAAUGACAAUUAGAACGUUUAUUUAUGAUAUUUAAACUGACUCUUAUCAGCAUGUACAUACCAUAUGCGUUAUUUCAGUUAUUCCAGUAUGAUUAUUCUAGGUAUUUGAAGGUAUAUCUAGUAGCUUGAUAUCAGUUAGAAAGCAAAUAACUUUGAACAAUAUAUUAUUGUACAUCCAAAUCCAUAAAAAAUGUGUUUAAUAUAUAAUUUUCUUGAGACAUAUUAGGAAACAUUUUAAUAGUAAAGUGAUAUUUGGUAUUAUUGAAAUAAUCAUGAAAGGAAUACUAUUGUUUUUAUCUCAUUAAAUCUGUUUCAGUGACAAAAAAGUAUAAAUAAUGCCCAAUUGAAUUUUAAUUUGUGUGUAUCAACAUAAAAAAAUUAUUUGUAACAAUGUAAAUGUUCCUUUCACUUUGAAUUAAAAAAGUGUUGUAUAAAUGGUUGAUUAUUUAGAAAUUUAUUCCUAUAGAAGAUAGUAACUUUGUGAUUGUAGCCAUGAAAAUCAUUGAUAUUUGGAGAGUAAAAGGCAAAAUAACUCACCUUGCCUGAUUAUGUUACCCUUUCAAUAGAGAAUGGUUUUGGAGUACUAGCUCCUUAUCAGUGCCAGGUGGGUUAUUUCAGAAAGAGUGAACCUCUAAAUCUCCGGGGUUAAAAAAAUACUGGAUAUUGAAAUUUUUUCACAUAAUAGUAAUAGGACUGUUAUUGUAUGCGUUGUUACCUAAGAAGGUAAAAUUCAGUAAGAUUGAAACAUUUAUCAGAGAUCCUCAUUUCUCCCCUUAUGAAGAUUAUUGUUUUUGAAAGCAUUGGUAGGUAGUACUUAAACAACAUCCAAGGGGAGACUACUGAUCGAAAGAGUUUUUGGUGAUUUUUGUUUCGUCAAGUGAAAAAUUCAUAA